CUACAUUUCUUUUUCCAUCGAAGUUUUUUUGUUUCGGUUCCGAAAAAAUAGAAUAUGUUUCUGAAUCAAAUUCAACUAUAAAUAAAACAAAUUUGUAAAUAUCGGCUACAACACCAAACCUGCAGCAACAUGAACGCGCGUGGCAUCGGCAUGAUGAAAACGCUCAAGCACUCCUGGCGCACAUUUCCACGUCGUUUCGCCACGAAGGUAACGCAAAUCGGGAGCGAUGAAAUAGGCAGUGGUACAGGCAUAGGGAAAAUCACCGGCGGAGUGCGAGACAACGAUGGCCACAACAAGGUUAAUACGCCGUCGAGGGAAAUCGUUACGCAUCUUCCGCCACUAACAGAACCACUGCCCAACAUGCCGGAGGCUGUAUACGCGGCGCCAUUGGCGGAGAGUGCCAUCACAAAGGUGACGACCCUUGUUAAUGGACUGCGCAUUGCCUCGGAGCCGCGCUACGGACAAUUCUGUACUGUCGGCCUGGUUAUAGAUUCGGGCCCACGUUAUGAGGUGGCCUACCCCGGCGGUGUGUCGCACUUUCUCGAAAAGCUAGCCUUCAAUUCCACAGUUAAUUUUCCCAACAGAGAUGCCAUACUGAAAGAGCUGGAGAAGAACGGUGGCAUCUGCGACUGUCAGAGCUCGCGCGAUACCCUCAUCUAUGCUGCCAGCAUUGACAGCAGGGCCAUUGACUCUGUUACGCGUCUCUUGGCGGAUGUCACUCUGCGGCCCACGAUAAGCGAGCAGGAGGUGAAUCAAGCAGCGCGUGCCGUAAACUUUGAGCUAGAGACGCUGGGCAUGCGCCCCGAGCAGGAACCGAUACUUAUGGACAUGAUACACGCGGCUGCCUACAGGGACAAUACUCUGGGCCUGCCAAAGCUCUGCCCGCCAGAGACUCUGGAAAGCAUAGAUCGGUCUGUUCUAAUGAACUACCUGAAGCAUCAUCACUCUCCCAGCCGCAUGGUUAUUGCGGGCGUUGGUGUGGAUCACGAUGAAUUGGUGGAACACGUUAGGAAGUAUUUUGUAGAAGAGGAGGCCAUCUGGGAGAACGAGCCAGAGAGCAAAGUAGGACCUAAGCAAGUAGACACAUCUAUCGCCCAGUACACUGGCGGAAUUGUGAAGGAGCAUUGCGAAAUUCCCAUUUAUGCGGCGGCUGGUCUGCCAGAGCUGGCUCAUGUCGUUCUUGGCUUUGAGGGAUGCUCCCACCAGGAUCCGGACUUUGUGGCUUUAUGCGUACUCAACAUCAUGAUGGGCGGCGGGGGCUCCUUCUCUGCCGGCGGUCCUGGCAAGGGCAUGUACUCGCGGCUCUACACAAAAGUCCUAAAUCGCUACCAUUGGAUGUACAGUGCCACAGCAUACAAUCAUGCCUAUACCGACACCGGCUUGUUCUGCAUACACGGCAGUGCGCCGCCGCAGCACUUGAACGACAUGGUCGAGGUGAUUAUCCGUGAAAUGUUGAGCAUGGCAGCCGAACCGGGCCGCGAGGAGUUGAUGCGCUCAAAAAUACAGUUGCAAUCGAUGCUACUGAUGAACCUGGAAUCACGACCUGUUGUGUUCGAAGACGUUGGGCGUCAGGUGCUCGUGACGGGACAUCGUAAGCGGCCAGAGCAUUUCAUUAAGGAGAUCGAGAAAGUGUCCGCCGCUGAUAUUCAACGCGUGGCCACACGACUGCUCAGCUCCCCACCAUCAUUGGCCGCGCGCGGGGACAUCACCGGCCUGCCCGAAAUGAGCCAUGUAACCAACGCCCUUGGCGGUGCUGGACGCUCCGGUCUGGGGCGACGAUUGUCCCUCUUCAAAUAGCACUGGACCUGAGACUUCCAUGAAAUGAGAAAUCAUUUCACAUUGUUGGGCUCGUAAUUCGAAGAGCAUUCAUGUUUUGUUUGAAUUGGCUAUAAUAUUUACCAAAAUUCAA